UGUAGUUCCAUAUCUCACAUCAUGCACUACUGCCAUCAGGAAGAUUGUGAAUGGAGUUGGCCGAUGUGAUCGAGGCAAUCCGCGCUAUUCAUGACCUCUCAACUUCGAAUCAAGACCGAAUGAAGUUCACGCAGGUCAUCGAAGAACUCAAGGAAGGUCCUGCAGAAAAUCUAGCACAAUUGGCAUUUCAGAUAAUUGCGACUGAACUUUCCGUGCUUCGACACACGGGGUGGAUUUUGUUGGAAGAAAUCAUUCGUUUUAAAUGGAAUGGUAUAUCGUCAACGUAUCGCGUUGAGCUGCGUGAUGGGCUCUUUCAAGCUGUGGAAGCAUUAGUGUCGGAGGAUACUAUCGAACCUUGUGCUCGCUGCGUCGUAGCUAUGAUGGAACAUGAAUGGCCGCAAAACUGGCCAGAUCUGGAUGGGCGGUUGCUAGAAAUGGCGAGGGAAGGGUCGUUGCGAUGCGCCGUUGUUUUUGCAAUUCUGCGCCGACUAGUUGAAAACGUUGCCACAUUGGCUUCAAUUGCUAAUCCGAGGCGACGUAAGGAUAUGCAUAGCGCAAUUAGUGUCACUGCAAAUGAUUUUGCUUCUGUUGCUAUAGAGGUGCUUGCUUCAUCUCCAUCAGAUCAUAUGGAAAUUCUGGCAGCUAAGAAUAUUCUUGGUUGGUUAGCGGAGUUGUGUGGCUGCAUCACAUCUGUGUCUUUGGAGAAGCAGCUAGUUCGGAUGGUUGAUACGGUGAUUUGUUAUCUGGGCAGUAGCGAACAGAACAUCUGCGAAGAAGCUAUUAAGUGCCUUAUCGAACUUGCUGGAUCGAAAAGAGACAAGCAUAGCACGUCAAUAACAAUUUCUGCAUUUUUUCGCUCAGAGGUUCUUUCGGCGCUUCUUAAAACCAUAAGCCUUGCUAAUGAGGGAUAUCAAAUUAGUGAACAGUUUUAUAGAUAUUUGAAGUUUUCGUGCCAGCUGGUGGUUUCUUUGGGAGGUCUUCUAUCAAAGGGAUGGACCGAUAAGUCAACUCCGCCAGAGUUUGAAGCGUUUUUGAUGGCUGUGCUAGCUUUUUUCACUCAUGACUCUCUGAUAUUAAAGUAUGAAGCUUGUGAUGUCCUGUUGAGCUUCUCUUCCCAUGCAGUUCUCCGAAAAGACCCCUGUUUUAUGCGAGUUAUAUGUGAAGUUCUGUCAAAUACAGUAAUGGCAAUUAUGAAGGAAGGGUGUCCGUCUCAGAAACCGUUUAAUGCCAAGACUCACUUUUCUCGGCUGGAUUUUGAUGACGAUUCGGAGUGGCAUAAUUUAUUUACAAGAUUUCGUUCCCGUGUCCAGCUCCUUAUCUCGGAAAACCUACCUGUGCAUUUUAAUCACUUAUUGACCGUUUACAACAAUACCGUAAUUAUGAAAGUUAUACUGGAACCUAAUGCAAUUAGUGACCUUGAGUGGGAAGCUAUGCAAAGGUUUGCGAAGAAUUUUGUACAAGUUGUUUAUGAGAAGAAUCUUGCGGAGAGGAAGGAAAAAAUACUGAUUGAAAUGCGUGAUGCACUAAUUAACAAGAUGCUCAGUGUCGAUGAUUGCGAUAUCCUAAAUGAGAUGCUCUCGCUUCAUUCUCCGUUUCUGCCAAGUUAUGUAAACGAUGACGCAAAACUGCACAUAUAUUUUUCACUUCUACGGCGGAGCCUCGUGAUGUCUUCGAGCAAUAAAAUACUUAGUCGACACACUGUAAGCCUCAUACUUCGGGUUGUCCAGAAGUUUCCCAUAUACUUUAAGCUUCGUCGAGCCCUUGCAUGUAUUCAAGGAGCUGUACAACAAGUCAAUUCCUCUAGCCAACUUGGAGCUAUGCUCGAGCCUAUCUAUCCUUGCUUUUUUAAGCUGGCAAGAUGUCUACUGGAGAUUCAUUUGGAACAUAACAAGGCUCUUCUUCAUCAUUCAAUUCGCGAAGGCAUUACAGAAAUGGUUGCAUCAGAAAAAGAGCAGAUAUACUGUUCUGUUGGCGAAACUCAUGGAAUGGUCUCUAGUGGUGCCCUAGUGGUUGAUACCGAUUUUGUCGCAGUUGAACGUCAGUACGUGCACGAUCUCAAUGAACAAAUAGUUACAAUAAUCGCAGCUGUUGUGGCCAAAUUCCCAGGAAUCAUCUUCAACCUGCCACAAAUCAAAGAACUGCUGAAUUGUCUGGUUUCGAACCUUAAUUUUAUUCCAGAAUUCAACCUACGUCAUUGGAUCAAAAAGGGAUGGAAAUCGAUACUGGAGUACUGUCCUGUCGAAAACUUCUCAAUAUUGGAAAGUUUCUUCGUAUGCGUUGCUGAUUCCAUGCAAAAAAGACUAGAGAAAAUGUGGGAAAACAUCUCUAACAGAGUUCACGAUUCUGAAACAACUGAGCAAGAGGUUUUUCAUGAACACCUAACGUGUGUUGUAUCUCGGGAGUACAUUGACUUCCUACGGUCUUGUUAUCUGCAUUGCGACAGUGACUCCAAAACAAAUCGAUUAUCACCACUUGGGCAUUGGCUUUUCACCAAUAAGAUAGGAUUAUCACCAGUCAUAAUGACAGCAUUUUCAUCGUUGAAUUUUCCUGACUCGCCACUAGCAGUGAAGUCUGCACCUCUUUGCAAAGCAUUGGCUGAGGGGCUAGUGGACUGCUACGACGAUGAAAUUGGAGUGUACAUGUUAGUCUCUACGAUACGUUCGCUACAACUUCAUGGGACAGAUGAAGCAGCCGGCACUGUGCUCACAACUUUGGUUUUCCACAUAUACUGCGCUCUGCGACGUUUCUCAAACUCUCUGCUACACAUUCUCAUGCAAGUUCCAAACGUAACGGAGGAUAUGGUUGACAUAUUUGAUGAUAAGGUUCAAAAUUUUACCGAGGGUGACGAAGAUUUUUCGGAGAAACAGAAGAGAGAUCUUGUGUACAAGCUUCUCAAAGACAUCUUUACGCCUCCUCUUGCUCAGCAACAUAAAAAGACCGUGUAUCUUCGUCCUUUAUCAUUGAUUGGGAAAAAGCGGCGUAUUGGUUUAGACGAAAAUGCCGACAAAGAAUCGCUUUCGUUUCAGUCAAAAAGCCCUCGAAUGGAGAGAUAA